UCUGUCCAGUCGCAAGAAGCAUGCCCCACACCGACGCAUCGUGGCCACGCCGGCGCGCCACAAGCACGGGCGACGCCGCCGCCCCGUCCUUGAUCCAAGUUGACGCCAGCGACGAGGCCCUCUCGCUCUGGGCGACGAUGCACGCCACCGCAGCACACGGCUAUAAGCGCGUCCGCGCCAGCGUCGGCCGUCAACGCGCCGCCAGCGCAAAGAUGUCGGCGAUGCGCGCGCUGCCACAGCACGUUGCCACGUCGGCGCGCUUCUACUGGGCCAACCUUGCAGUGCUCCGGACCGAAGUGCUCUGCGGCAUCGCUGCGACGCUGCUGCAGGUGCCGGAGACCGUCGCGUUCAGCUACGUUGCUAACCUCGGCCCGGUCGUCGGCCUCUACGCCACCGGCUUCUUUGGCAUCCUUGUCGGCCUCUUUGGCGGUGUGCCCGCCACGAUUGCGGGCGCCGCCGGCGCGCUUGGCGUCGUCAUGCCCACGAUCACAAGCGGGACCGGCGCGCUCCGCGACCUCUCGUACGAAGCGCGCGUCGAGCACCUCUUCGUCGCUGUCUUCCUUGCCGGUCUCCUGCAGCUGCUCUUUGGUAUCUUUUCGCUCUCGCGCUUCUUCUCGAUGAUUCCGCGCACGGCGCACAUUGGUUUCCUCAACGGUCUCGCGCUCAUGAUGCUUCUGUCUCAAAAAACCACCUUCCAAACAUGCAUCCGGCCGAAUCUGCUCUUUGGCGCGUGCGAACAAGCCCACGGGCUUGCGUGGAUGGACGCCAGCAGUGCGACAACGUGGAUGACGCUGGUCCAUGUGCUCGUGACGAUCCUCGUCAUGCAUUUUUUCCCUCGGACGCCGGUCAUCGGCCGGCUCGUGCCGCCGACGCUGGUUGUUGCGCUUCUCGGUGUCGGCCUCGAGUUUGGCAUCAACCGCCCGCUCCUCGGAUACAACGUCCGCACGAUCGGCGAUACAUCCAAGCUCGCGGGGGCGCUGCCGUCGUUUGCGAUGCCCGGCUUCUCGCGUGUCACCGACUGGUCGCUCGUCAUCUCGGUGGCCGCAAGUCUCGCGGCCGUCGGGCUCUUCGAGUCGCUCAUGACGCUCCAGGCCAUUGUCGACUUGACCAAAGAGCCGCUUUCGAUGGCGGCGUGCCGGGCCGAAUGCAUCGCCCAAGGCCUCGGCAACAUGGUCUGCGGCGUCUUCCAGGGCAUGGGGGGCUGCUCCAUGAUUGGCCAGUCGACCGGGAAUGUGCUCAACGGCGGGCGGUACCGCGUGUCGGGCGUCGUCUGCGGCCUUGUGACCUUUAUGAUCUUGCUGUUUGCGAGCCCCGUCGUCGAGCUCGUGCCCGUCGCGUGUCUCACGGGCAUCCUCGUCGUCAUCAUUGCGCACACGUUCCAUUGGCCGUCGCUCCGGCUGCUCGUGUACCUUCCGCUGUCGGAUGGCAUUGCCAUUGUACUGGUGACGGCGCUCGCCACCGCCAUCAACUUGGCCGUCGCGGUCAUCGCCGGCGUCAUCUGGCAAGCGCUCGUCAACGCGUGGGUCGGCGGCACCUUUCUCGACGUUGAGACGACCUUGACACCGCAUCAAAAGAUCUAUGCCCUCCGCGGCACGCUGCUCUUUUCGUCCGUGGCGCGCUUCCGCGACUUCCUCGAGAUUGCGACCGACCCGGACGACGUGGUCAUUGACGUCAUCGGGUGCCGACUGGCCGACUUUUCGGCGGUGGCGGCGCUCAAAGAGGCGGCCCAUCGCUACCGCGACGCCGGCAAGCGCUUGGUGCUCCAAAAUUUGGAUGCCCACGCGACGAGUCUCGUGCUGGAGCACGACUUUGGCUGGAUGCGCGUCGGGGGUCACUGCGUCUUGGCGCCGCCAGUACCAUUGCCGCACGCGGCCGACGGCAAGAGCCCGACGACCGCCUACCACGGCCUUCCCGACGACGACCAUUGUUGACAACCCAUGUAGAUGAAAGAAUCAAACUGUUUCGGGAUGCACUGUUAUGAAAGAUCUCUCAAGUUUCGUUGCACA